AUGAUUUGUGUUAUGACUUUUUAGCUGAUUCCUUAUCCAUUAUAGAUGCAUGCUAAUUUCUUUUAUGCAGGUGUAUGAUGUGACAAAAUUCUUGGAAGAUCACCCUGGUGGAGAUGAAGUUUUGUUGUCUGCGACGGGGAAGGAUGCAACUGAUGAUUUUGAAGAUGUGGGUCAUAGUAACACCGCAAGAGAAAUGAUGGACCAAUACUAUGUAGGAGAAAUCGAUGCUUCAACCAUCCCCAAGAAGACCGUGUAUAAACCUCCAAAGCAAGCUCAAUACAACCCGGACAAGACUUCUGAAUUCAUUGUCAAACUCCUCCAAUUCUUAGUUCCUCUUGCAAUCUUGGGGUUGGCAGUCGGGGUCCGCAUUUACACCAAGUCAACUUAAGGUCUAGAUCCUGUAAUUGUGAUACAAAACCAGUACUCUAUUUAUGGUAACUAUUGAGGAACUGUUUUUGUUGCUCCUUUAUGUUAUUGCUUGCAACUUGCGAUGGUAAUACCAAAAAACUACCUCUUAAUUUUAGAGGUAGAGUAA